GAGCUGUACAGUAAUAUUUAGUAAAUUUGGUUUAGAAUCAAAGAUUCCAUUCUGUAUCCAGCCAGUAAUAUUGACCAAAAACCAACCAACAAACAAUUUAUCAGUCAUCGUUCAAACCAGAAAACAAAAAAAAAAAAACAAAAACAAAAAACAAUUAUAAAUAAGAAACAAUAAAUUCGGGAGAGAGUAUCUCGCCAGGAUUCUAAAACUACUCGGAAUUCUAAUCUUUCUGGAGGAAGGAUUUGGUCAACCUUUUCCCCCAUACUUCUACAACUCUCCUUCUUCAAUCUCCGCACCCAAAGCAAAGACUGGUUUUUUUUUUUUAGUGUGUGAGUGUGUGAAUUACUUCAACUUGGCUCGCAUCGUUGAAUAAUUCUCUCCUCCCCCACCAAAAAGGUAUCACCAUCUCUCCUUUGUCAUUUUAUGAUUUCUGCUUUCUGGGUUUUUUUUUUUUUUUUUGGAUAUCUCUAGUGUUUGUAGUUUUGCAUCCUAAUUUGAACAAAAGCCCAAUUGUUUUGUUCUGUGUUUUUUUUUUCCUUGUAAAAGUCGGAGUCGAGAUUUUAUUUAACAGUUCCAACAUUGGGUUCGUCGCAAUUUUGGAUUUAUAUUAGAGGGGAGGGAUUGUAAUUUACAUUAGGGGUGAAAGGUAAUUGGAUGAGUUGCAAGUUGUUUGUGAAAUUUUGUGAUUUUCUGGGGUGAUAUUGAUUCAACCCUUUGCAAAAUUUUUGCAGAAAGAGUGGUUUCGGAAAGUUUCAGAAUGGCAGGAUCCAUGAAAACCAUGUCUUUGCUCACAGCUACUCUGGGUGUGAUCUCUUUCGUAUUAGGAGUCGUUGCGGAAAACAAGAAGCCCCCAGGUGGUACUCCAGUAACAGGGAAAGAUGUUGUCAUCUGUAAAUAUCCGAGGGAUCCAACCGUGGUCCUCGGUAUAUUGUCAGUCAUUUUUCUCUUUGCCUCGAGUGCAGUUGGAUAUGUCUCCUUAUUUAAGGAUUACAAAGGGAAAUCUGUUCCUCGGGCAGCUUUAUUCCAGAGCACUUCAUUCUCUGUGUUUUUCAACAUUGCUCUGGGAUGCACCGGGUUAGCUGCAGCAUUGCUUAUAUGGCCAACGGUGACAGAACACAUGCACCUUACCAAGAACGUCCACCACAAUCUGGAAACUGACUGUCCCACUGCCAAGACAGGUCUUCUUGGAGGAGGAGCAUUUGUGUCACUGGAUUCUAUGCUCUUCUGGUUGGUCGCCUUGAUGCUGGCAGACAAUGCCCGUAAGGACUUCCUGGAUGACGGUAGCAAAGAAGUUGAUGGAGAUGAUGAGGAAUUCAAUGCGACCGCCGCCGUGAAGGGCACUGUUUGACAUGAGAUCUUUUACCAAAUACUCGCCCUGCUUCUACUUUGAUGGUGUUUUAUCUCUGGUUUCAAAAAACCAAUCUGUACAAAGUGUUCUCUACUUUAUAUUUGUGUUCCAUUGUUAAUCUUCGAUACUAUGGACGAGUAUUAUAUUCGUGAAAGAUUUCCUAUUUGCAUCCAUGUCAGGCAUUUUCUUUUUUCUUCCUUUUGUAACAUUUGAAUUUGAUGUUUGCACAAGAUGAUGCAUUCUUGGUUAAAGAGUGAACAAUAUUCUCCAGGUGGAUAAAGUGAUAGAUAGUCUCAUAUUAGUGAAACGCGACUAGUGCUCAAAAGCUGAGGUAGAGAAUCUCCAUUCUCCCUAUCAGAAGACUGACACUGGAGAAGAUUGUUGGACAAUGUAUAAGCCAUAAAGGUAAUCUUGGUGCAAAAAUAAUUUCCUGCCUUUGAACAAUCCCGUUUAAAGUUGUUAACUAGUCACUGAUAAAUGCAAGUGAUGUUUGGUGAUUUCCUGCAAAAUUUGGCUCGUGAUA